GACUUUCAAAACAUUAAAUUUAGAUGCGCCAAAGGUAGUCCUCAUUACCAGAAAAAACUUCAUAAAAAUUUAAGAGUUAUCGAACAGAAUGAAAAAGAAGUUGCAAUUGAUGACGAUGAGGCAAAUAGUACUUUUUUAUCGAUAAAUAAUCAAAACUCUAAUGAUUCUGGUGAUCCCAUAUUCAUACCUUCAAGCCCCAAAGAAAAAAAA